AUGCCCAUCUCAAUACAAAACCAAAAACCAAAAGUUGAAAGGGAGCCAUCACUUCAACCACGCUUCAGCAUGAAAGAUCUCAAAGAUGCUGAGACCAAAGGGUAUUUAAUUCUGCGGAAUGUACUCUCAGCUGAACUUUGUAGUUCCAGUUUUGACCGAGUAUGGAGUUUCUAUGAAGAUGUUUCGAAUGGUGCCGUCAAGAGGAAUCUUUCAUCAACGUGGGGUGGGGCGACCUAUCCAAAGGAGGGGCUAUUCGAAGCAUUUGGCGCUGGUUGGCUGCUUGGAGAUAUACGCGAAGUUUUGGCUGCGAAAAUAUAUGAACCGUUAUUGUCAACGAGAGAUCUACACUGUUCUAAGGAGGGAUUCAGAAUGGUCGCAACUCAAAAGACUCAAACGUGUUGCAACCAAAAUGAGAAAAUUGAUCAGCUGCUGUUUCGUUCAAUUACCGUCGUUUCCAGUGGCAUGGGAACUUCGAUUGAUUUCACAAUCGACAAUGGGGAGAUUCAAGAAAUAAGACUCUCUUCUGGAGAUGUCCUUCUCUUUCGUUCGGAUGUUAUGGUGGACGAAUUAUAUGUCUUCCCACGAGAAGUUUCAUCUUUUAAGGAUGUUCCAAUUGUGGCGUACAACACAAUGGUACCAGUGACUAACAAACACAAAGAAAAGUCUAUUUUGAACCAAAAAGUUGAAUCUUACAAGACGAGAAGGACGGGCACAUUCCACCUGCAUGAUGAAAGUCAAGUUUUACAACUUUCCAAUGCUCUGUGUCGAUCUUAUUUUCGAGCGAGUCCACCGCUUGUGACUCGCAGACAGGCUGAGUUGUAUGGCUUACUUCCAUAUGAUGCAGACAACUGGGAGAGAGAAAUGAACCAGGCAGCCAUCCGAGGCGUCUGCUUUCGCGAUGGAGAAGACAUUUUGCUUCCAGCCGAGAUUGAAAAGGUUUGCAAUGCGCAUUCAGUACAGCUGACUUGCAAUGAUCCGAAUGUGACCACAGGUAACGACAAAUACUUGGGGGGUAUGUCAUCGCCCUGUGGUAGAUAUAUUUAUGGUGUCCCUGGGACGGCCCGUCGUGUAGUGCGAAUUUUCACAAAGACAGGGGAAAUGGACUGUAUUGGGCCCUCAUACAAAGGCAAAUUCAAGUGGUUACGGGGUGUCGAAGUUCCGGCUGGCGCCAUGAAGAACGAUGACUAUCCAAAUGGCUGCUGCAUUGCUCUACCCUGUAACUCCCUAUCGUUUUUGAAAGUGAAUCCAGCUGGUGGAAAGUCCGAGGUUUAUACGUUUGGAGAGAAACUACUUGAAGAAGUUUGCGACGGGGUCAAUGGGUGGUAUUAUCAUGGGGGCAAUCUUGCCCCAAAUGGUUGGAUAUAUUGUAUUCCUGCCAAUGCUCCUCGAGUUGUCAAACUUAACCCAUCUACUGAUGAAGCGUAUGCCAUUGGUCCAGUCCUCAGUGGAGGACAGAAAUGGUAUGGAGGUUUACUGUCCCCGACGGAUGGUUGCAUUUACGGAAUAGCGCACAAUGCAACAACAGUAUUGAAGAUCAACCCAGAGACCGAUGAAGUGUCAUUGAUCGAAGGAACCGAUGGACCUCUGCCGGAAGGAAAAUGGAAAUGGCACGGUGGCUUAGUGGCAGGCCACAAGAUCAUUGGAUUUCCAAACAACUCAGACGGAGUCUUGGUUGUCGAUUGCAAAAAAUCUACGGUCUAUACGAUUCGAGACCCUUCACUAGUCAAGUCGGGUCGACACCGAAUUCCUCAAGACGGGCGCUACAAAUGGCUAGGUGGCGCACUAAGCAUGGAUAAGCGCUACGCGUAUCUUUUUCCUUGCGACGCAGAACAAGUUCUUCGGGUAGACUGUCUCACGGAUGAAUUAAAAUUAAUUGGGCCUUCCCUACUAGACGGCAUCAAUAAAUUUCAGAACGGAUUCUGCGGUCGAGACGGGUGUUUGUACGGGAUUCCACAGAGAGCCAUUGGUGUACUUCGGAUUGUCCCUGGUGGUGCAUCUGAUGGUGAGGAUCACGUUGAUUUGAUUCCCUGCGGCGAAAAUAUGCUAUCAGUCAAAGACAAAUUCGAAGGUGGUGUUUUGGGUCAGGAUGGAUGCAUUUACUGUAUACCGCUGAAAGCAACUGCCUGCGUCAAAAUAAUCCCGGAACAAUUCUAG